UGGAACGAGGAGUGCAAAUUUAUAUGGAGGGAACAUGGUGUUCCGGUUACAUACAGCCUUAAUUGGAAGCAGAUUCAGACGCUUAAACCCGGGUAUUGGGUUCAAGAUGAUGUAGUGAAUGCUUAUCUUGAGUUGGUGAAGAUAAGGGAUUUUGAAACAUUUGGUAAAUGUCCGGCCGCCAAAAAGUAUUUAUUCGCGCCUAGUUUCUUUUUCUGCCGUGCUAUGUAUCAUUGUCAAUAUUUGAAGGACCAUCCGAAUUCUAAAGCACCCGAAGAGCUUGCUGAGCAGGUUGCAUUCUUUGAGCAGUUUAAGAGGCAGGUUAUCGGGCCAAACCUAGUAGAUUGUGACUAUGCAUUCUUUCCCGCUUGUUGGGAGAAUCAUUGGAUUCUCUUUGUUGUGGACGUACAAAAGAGUAAAGUCAGCAUUAUUGUUUCUUUGUAUAGUGAGAGUGUUGGUCGGUCGUAUAAGGAUAUGUAUCCUUCUCAGUUUUACAUUAUGGAAAAACUUCUCCCGUGCAUGCUUCAUCACCUGGAUUCCAGUCGGUUCCCGCAGCCAAAAUUCAUGAAGGUGAGGUCGGUGACUGAACGCCCAAAGCAAGUUGGUGGAUCCGAUUGUGGUGUAUAUGUGGUCAAGUAUGUGGACGCCAUCUGUGGUGGGAUACAGUUGAAGAAUGCUGUAUGGGAUCCUACACUUGACAUCUUGACAUUUCGAUAUCGCAUGGCUUGGAAGCUUAAUAGAGGGCGGGCACGGCAUAUUUCUGAGUGGGGGAUUAAGUAGAGGUUGCUAGGAUGUUAGAUACAAUUAUUUGAUGGUUGGUUGUAAUUAUUUUUUGUUGGACGUAUUUAUCGUUUAUCGGAUGUAUGCAUAUAGUUUAUUGAUGUAAUUAUCGAUUAAUAUUUUUGUGAUGAAAUUGUCUUUCAUAUUUGCUGGAUUCUUGAUUGAACAGU